UGCGCGCGGUCACCGCCGUCAACUCAGACCGGGCACCAACCACCGAUUCAUUAACACCGCCAGCCACGGCCACUCGCCUCUCCAGCCAGCUCGGAGAAAACAGCGCAGCUCAGCAGCGCAGCGUCCGCUUGAGACCGUGAGCGUCCCCUCCACCCUCCCAGAGGGUGAACUUUCAGCAGGGUCACAACUGCCGGUCACUUUGACCCACACACACGCACGGACGAACGGCCCCGUCCGUGUUCAUGGAGGCGGCAGCGGUCGACGGCGCCGCGGCGCCGCGCGCGUGGUCCUCGCCGCCCGAGGGAAGCAGCCCCUUCGACAAGCCCCCUCUGGAGCUGAGCGCCGCCGACGUGUGGGACAUGGCCACGUCGCUCGGGGAGGCCCUGAAGCUGCUGGUCUCCAGCCGCGGCUACGAGACGCCGGGGGACUGCGGCGCCAGCAACGGCGGCGGCGGCGGCUGCGGCGGCCCCGGCGACUGCGCGCAGGUGGCGGCCCCGCUGGCGUGGCGCGUGGUGCGCGCGCUCGAGGCGCUGGAGGCGCACGUGGCGCACGCGCGCAGCGCGAGCCGCGAGGCGCACGCGCUGCGCCGCGAGCUCGAGCGCGCCGCGGGAGAGCGCGAGCGUCGCGCGCUCCGCGACAGGGAGCACCUGCAGUACUUGGAGCAGGCCGAGGAGCUGUGGCGUCAGGAGUCAUGCGAUCUGCGCGAGAAGCUCGCGACUUCGGAGCGCGAGAGGGGUCGUCUGGAACGCGCACUCGUCCUGUCACAGGCGCCGGUCGAGGACCUGUCUGACGCAGACACGUGGGACUUGGAGGACAUGAUCCGGCUCCAGAAUGAAAGAGACGCGGCCGAAAGGAAACUGAAGGAACGGGAGCGUGAGCUCAGGGAGAGGGAACAAGAUCUGAAGCAGAAGGAGCAAGAGUUGCGGGAAACGGAACGAGAGAUGGCCCUGAGCCAGCGUGAAACUAAGGCCUUGCAGUUGCAGGUGAGCCGGCUGGUGUGCAUGAACAGCGAGCUGAGACGGCAAAAGUCUUGCCAGGCGCCGCCUGCCGCCGAGCUGGAAGCGAGGAAGAAAUCAUUCCCGGAUUCUUCAGUUCUGCGAUCGGAGGAGAAAACUGGGCUGCAGCAAAAACAAACGAGUGUGGAGACUCCCCAGAAAGUCACUGCUCCUGCUACCCAAGCAGCGCUCAAGGCACCACAGAAUAGUGACCGAAAUCCUCCAAUGGAACCGAAUCAACAACCGAAAGUUGACACGGAGUCUUCCGCGAGCGAACACAGAAAGAGCAACCCUCCACAAAACUCCGGAGAAAAUAGGGAGGGUCCUCGCUACACGGUGCGCGAACUGCGGCACGUGCUGGAGGAGAGGAACCAGCUGAAGGCCGAGCUGCUGUCCCUGCAGGAGGAGCUGGCGCUCUACAGGAGUGACGAGGGCGAGGAAGACGUCGAUCUCGCCAAUUCGUUGCCCGCUGAGAAAGCGCCCGCGGUGACUCAGGACGUGUCCUCCUCGCUUUUUCAGACGCAUCAGCAAUCGGAGCCUCGCAUCAAACGCCUGAUAUUUACGGCCAUCAUGCCGCUGGUCGCAGCGGGGCUGCUCUACGAUGACCCCACACUCCAACCGAUCAGAAACUUCGUGUGCGACGUGUAAUGCCGACCCAGGAGAGGACUCGACAAGCUAAACGCACAGCCACGCUCUCGUGAGAUGUACCAGCAGCCAGGCGCACAUGCUGAGCGGGUGCCAUGGACACGUUGGUUGUUUUAGUCAAUGAUGGGGGGG